AUGCUUGAGAACCUAGACGGAUUUGUUUUCAGGAGAAAUGUCAGGCAGGAGCCCAAGGCCCGGAGGAUUUUUGAUGAAGGAAAGGAGGAGCAGAGUAUGGCAAGAGGGAAUACCGAUGGGAUAUUUAGUUUUAGAUUUGUCCGGAGUCUCAAGAGAAAGGGGGACUCCGAGGAAGAGAAUUCUAGCAAGAAGGCCAAGGAGAGCAAGGCUGAUCUACGGGUGCUGAGUGCGUGUGAAGAGGGCAUAGAAGACAAUGUGUCUGUGGAGAUAAGUUCUGAGGAUGACAUUUGUGGCAAUGUUCUGGUUAAGGAUGGACCAAAGAGAAGGGACAACAUUUCCGAUCUGCAUGGGAAGCUUGGGGAGAAUGGAACCUUGGGAGGGCUGGUUAGACUGUGUGUAGAGUAUGCGCUGCAGAGGAAGAAGAUAGAAUACGGAGUAAGUCUAGAAAAGAGACUUUUGCAGGACGAAGGGGUCAUUAAGAGAAGAGAUGUUGAAAAAGAGAUUGAGGAUGCAGACAAAAAGAUCUUGUGGGCCUCUGGGGAAGAAGAGAAAUGGAACAGCUUGAAAAGUGAAGUGAUUAAUUCUAACCGAGUCGAAGUAAGAGAGGGUCAAAGGGUAGCUAGGGACUUUGGGGGUGCUGAGAGGAUUGAGGAGGUUAGACAGGAGUUUGCAAGAAAGUUUGAGAGGCUUGAGUUUUUGAAGGAGUCGGCGAAAUCCUGUGUUUCUCGAAUUAGAGAGCAGAGCGAGGAUGUUCUUGGGAGGAUUCUGAGAACUACAUGCAGAGAAAAGGAUGUGGAUGUGUUCUUUUUGUUGAAGACCUUAUCGAGGACAAAUAAGUGA